AUGGCUAGAUCAUAAAAAAGCCUUAGUAUUUACCGUGAAAAUAUUACAUUCUCAGGUUAUUUAAUUCAAAACAAAAUCAAUAAAGGAGGAUUUGGAUCAAUUUAUAAAGGAGUCAACAAAUCAACCAAUUAAGAAGUAGCAAUCAAACAUUCACAAUUUGACUUAAAAAAUGAAUAUUAAAUUAUGACACAAUUAUCUAAUGUGGUUGGUAUACCAAAAGUUUAUAGCUUUGAAGAAUAAGAAAAAUGGAGUUUUAUGAGCAUGGAACUUUUAUCUCAAGAUUUACACACAAUCAAAUGUAAAUUAAAGCAAUUUACUUUGAAAUGCAUCUGCUUUAUAGCAAUAAAAGUAUUGGAGAUCUUAAAGUAAGUACACCAAAUGAAUAUAGUGCAUAGAGAUAUCAAACCUACAAACUUAAUGGUUAAAUCACUUAAAGGUUUUAAGUAAUAUUUAUUUAAGACCCACAAAUAUACUUAAUAGACUUUGGAAUAGCCCAAGAUUAGAGUAAGGGAGAUACUCGUUAAGAGUUAGAGGGCACAUUUUUAUAUGAUCCUAUAUCUGUACAUAAGAGAUAGAAGUAUCGAUUUCUUGAUGAUAUUGAAAUGCUAGCUUACACUCUUGUAUUUUUGUAUAAUGGUAUUUAAAUUAAUCAUGUGUAUAGGUCAUUUACCUUGGAAAAAAUAUGGAAAUGAAGUUUUAGUUAAUGGAGAUGCAUUAAAAUAAAAGGAAUAAUAUAUAAAUUCAAAAGCAAUGAGUUAAUUACCUUUUGCAGAUUUAUUUGGGUAUAUCAAAUGGAAUCAGCAUAGAAAGAAACCUGAUUAUGAAUUCUUAAUCAAUUUAUUUAGAAAUAUCUUAAGAGAAAAUAAAAUAAUAGAAAACUACUAAUUUGAUUGGAUAGAAUAAGCUACUCCUUAAAUGAAGAGAUAAUCAAAGUAUUUAAUAAUUGAAGAUUUGAAUACAGGUAUAGAAUCAUAAAUAUAUUUAGAUUUAAAUGAAGAAGAAUAAUAAUGCUAGGGUGUUUCUUUAUUAUCAGAACUAGUAUAUAAAUUCUUUAAAGAUUGA